AGUUUAACACCAGCCUGACCCGCUCCGUGGUCACGUCAGAUGUAGGGUGUGUUAUCUAUAUCAACCUGAAAGUUUAUUCUCAUUUUGAUCUCAAAAUUGAUCUCAACAGUUUUCAACAGUUUUUCACUUAAAAGAGAUUGUACCUGAUUUAGCUGUUAAAUCAUUCUGUAAUAGACCUACAUGUACCGCGAAACCGAAAGUGAAAGUAGAUCUUUCAGUCUCUGGAGAGUUUUUCUUGGUGAGCAGCCUACUUUUAUGAAGCUGUGAGAGGGAUUGUCAGAUCUGUGUGGAGUCCAAAUGUGUGGCAUUUAGGGAGGUUCUGAGAGAUCCAAUCUAUAUAACCUGUGGACACAGUUUCUGCAGACUUAUUAUCUGUUAUUGGGAGAAGUUGAGACGAGCAAAUUACUUUGAUUUGUCCUCAUUGCAAAAACAGAUCCAGAACACAUUCUGUUUUAAAAACAGUCAUGGAAGCUUCCAGUUCUGCUGACUCUAACAUACAAGCAGCCCUACAGGAGAAGACUGGAGACCUGCAGAAUGCAGUAGAUGAUAAACUUCAGAGAAUCAGAAACAAGCACAAAGCCAGAAUGAAGAACAAGUACGAGAGAUUAUUUGAGGGAAUGAAACUCCAAGAGAAUGAAACCCUCCUCAACAGGAUCUACACACAGCUUUAUAUCAUAGAAGGUGAGAGUGAUGGAGUGAAUGAAGAACAUGAGGUUUUACAGAUGGAGAAAACAGCCAGAACACAACUUGCACAAGAUACUUCCAUCUACUGCAAUGACAUCUUUAAAGCCUCAUCUGAACCAGGAUGUGAGGAGAAAGACCAAAUCAAGACUGUUAUAACUAAAGGCAUCGCUGGAAUCGGAAAAACCAUCUCUGUGCAAAAGUUCAUUCUGGACUGGGCCGAGGGAAAAGCCAAUCAGGAUGUAGAUUUCAUGUUUUUGCUUCCAUUUCGAGAGCUGAACUUGAUUCAAGAUCAUCAAUAUAGUCUUCAUAGACUUCUGCUGGACUUUUAUCCUGAACUUCAAGAUUUGGACUCAAAGACUUACGAGGAGUGUAAAGUUGUGUUCAUCUUUGAUGGUUUGGAUGAAAGCAGAAUCACACUGAUGUUUUCAGACGCUCAGAAAGUUUGUGAUGUGACUGAGACUUCAUCAGUGGGUGUGUUGAUGUCAAAGCUCAUAAAAGGAGAGCUGCUUCCUUCUGCUUUCAUCUGGAUCACCUCCAGACCAGCAGCAGCCAAUCAGAUCCCCUCCAAAUACAUCAGCCGUCUGACAGAAAUUCAGGGAUUCAAUGAGUAUCAAAAGGAAGAAUAUUUCAGAAAGAGAAUCACUGACCAGCAUCAAGCCAACAGGAUCAUUUCACACAUUAGAAAAGCAAGAAGCCUCCAUAUCAUGUGCCACAUCCCCGUCUUCUGCUGGAUCUCAUCCACUGUGCUUCAGAAGCUCCUGGAAGAAGAUCUGAGUGCAGAAAUCCCUCAAACUCUGACUGAAAUGUACAUCCACUUCCUGUUGAAUCAGAUCAACACGAGAAACCAGAAAUAUGAAGACAGAGAUCCAGAGAAACUCCUGCAAUCCAACAGAGAAGUGAUUGUGAAACUUGCUGAAGUGGCUUUCAAACAGCUGAUGAAGAGCAAUGUGAUGUUCUAUGAGGAGGACCUGAGAGAAUGUGGCAUGGACGUCACUGACGCCUCGGUGUAUUCUGGGAUUUGCACUGAGAUCUUUAAGCAGGAAUCUAUUAUUCAUCAGAGGAAAGUGUACAGCUUCAUUCAUCUGAGCAUUCAGGAGUUUCUUGCUGCUUUUCAUGUGUUUUACUGCUACUUAAGCUGUACAAUGGAGACCCUUAAGGUUUUUGAUUCAAUGCAUUAUCUGCAUAAAGGAGCAAUAGAUAAAGCCAUUGGGAGUGAGAAUGGACAUCUGGAUCUGUUCCUGCGGUUCCUGCUGGGCAUCUCACUGCAGUCGAAUCAGAGACUCUUACAGGAUCUACUGACACACACAGAGAACAGCUCAGAGAGCAUCAGGAGAACUUCACAGUACAUUAAAGAGAAGAUCAAAGAUGGGCAUGGACUCUCCACUGAAAGAUCUAUCAAUCUGUUCCUCUGCCUUCUGGAAGUUAAAGAUCAGAGUCUGUCCAGAGAGAUUCAGGAGUUUGUGAAAUCAAACAAACACUCAGAGAAGAAGCUCUCUCCUGCUCAAUGCUCAACAAUUGCCUACAUGCUUCAGAUGUCAGAGGAGGCACUGGAUGAGUUUGAUCUGAAGAGAUACAACACAUCAGAUGAGGGUAGAAAAAGACUGAUACCAGCUGCAAGCAACUGCACAAAAGCUCUAUUUGCUGACUGUAGAGUCACUGCUCAGAACUGUGAGAGUUUAUCAUCAGCUCUUCAGUUCUCAAACACUGCACUGAGAGAGCUGGACCUGACUAAUAAUGACCUACAGGAUUCAGGAGUGAAGCUGCUAUUUGAUGGAUUAAAGAGUCCAAACUGUCAGCUGCAGAUACUAAGAUUACCCAGCUGCAAUCUCACUGGUCAGUCCUGUGAAAUUGUGUCAUCAGAUCUACAAUCAUCUAACUGUGCCCUGAGAGAACUGGACUUGAGUAACAAUGACCUGCUGGAUUUAGGAGUGAAGCUGCUCUCUGAUGGACUAAAGAGUCCAAACUGUCAUCUGCAGAUACUGAGGUUGUCUGGCUGUAUGGUGACAGAGGAAGGCUGUGGUUUUGUGUCUUCAGCUCUGAGUUCAAACCCCUCACACCUGAGAGAGUUGGAUCUGAGCUACAAUCACCCAGGACAAUCAGGAGUCCAGCGACUCCGUGACAAACUGAACGAUCCAAACUGCUUACUGCAGACACUCAAUGUGGACCAUGGAGCAGCGUUCAGGAUUACAGCAGGACUAUGGAAGUAUGCCUGUGAUCUCACACUUGACCCAAACACAGCACACACUCAAGUCAUCAUAUCUGAGGACAAGAAGAUGGCAAAGCACGUGAAAGACCAUCAAUCAUAUCCUGAUCAUCCAGAGAGAUUUGAAUGUCUUCAGGUUCUUUGUGGAGAGAGUCUGAGUGGACGCUGUUACUGGGAGGCAGAAUGGAUUGGGACGGGGACAGAAAUAUCAGUGUCAUAUAAAGGAAUCAGCAGGAAAGGAGGAAGUGACUGUAUGUUUGGAUUCAAUCAAAAGUCUUGGAAUCUGAGUGGCUUUUAUAAACGUUUUAUUGCCUGUCACAAUAAUAACAGCACUGAUAUACCUGCCCCUUCAUUUUCAUCUAAUAGAGUAGGAGUGUAUCUGGACUGGUCUGCUGGUACUCUGUCCUUCUACAGCGUCUCUGACACACACACACUCACACACAUACACACAUUCAACACCACGUUUACUGAACCCGUCUAUGCUGGGUUCGGGGUUUAUUAUGACUCAUCAGUGUCUCUGUGUCACAAGGUACAACAAGGAUGUCAAACAUAAAAAUAUGUAUGAAAAAAAGUAUUGACAACAUAUUUAUAACAUUCUUAGAAAAGGUAUUUAAAGAAGACACUUUCUUACUCCAAGACCCCUUGGGGAUGUCUUAGUGUUUUAAUGAAAAUGUAAUGUUUAAUUAUUGCACAGAAAUUAUGUUACUUUCCACAGUUUUGUACAUAAUCUCUGAAAACGUAAGUGUUGUACAUGCUGUUUUCUGAAGGAAUUAACAGGCAGCCACUGAAAAACUGACAGUAAAUCAUCUUUGUCACUUUACAAGAAAAGUAUGUCAGAAAUGAAUGUGGGAUUCCGUUAUUUUGCCUUAAAAAUUCAAGAUAUGGUUGUAAAAAAUGCCACCUUUAUGAGUUCUUGUUUGUAUAUCUAUGUGUAUAUAUUUGUG